CCAAUCCUGGGGCAGCGAGGUGAAGAUAGAAACUAAGGGCGGGGAGGGAUUUCCAGGAAAUGAAAGCGAAAGAAGUUAGCUCAAAGUUAAAACUCUGAGCAGUUUUGAACCACCCAGCAGUCGCUGCUUCCUAGGUUCAGUCAGGAUGGCAGCGUCGGGUUCCUUCCCGCUGCUGGUCGAGGGCUCUUGGGGCCCCGACCCCCCGAAGAACUUGAUCAACAAGUUGCAAAUGUACUUCCAGAGCCGGAAGAAAUCCGGAGGAGGGGAGUGCGAGGUCGUCCCGGAGCCCGGGAACCCAGCACGCUUCCUGGUGCUCUUCUUCCCGGAGGAUGUUCGGCAGAACGUUCUGGAGAAAGGAAAUCAUGAGUUGGUGUGGCAAGGAAAAGGGACAUUCAAGUUGACGGUCCAGUUGCCCACAGACCCCGAGGAAGCCUCGGUCUCUCAGAAGUCAAGGAAGGCAUCUCCAGAAGAGGAGUCCAAGACAAAAGAAGAUGCUGUGAAACCAGGUGAUUUGGAUACAACACAUUCUCCCAGCAGUGGAUCAGAAAAGACAGAAGAUGUCCCAAAAGAGUGUGAAAAUAUUUCCUCCAUGGUGGCAUUUGAAAACCUGCCCGAGAGAGUAUCCAAGAUGGUGCUGACCUUCCUGGUAGAGAAUAUAAGUGGCCUCCCCAGUGAUGACUUUAAGGUGGAAGUGAUCCGAGAUUUUGCUGUUGCCGUGGUUACCUUUCAGAAGCCUAUAGAUAUCAAAAAAUUUAUUGUUGAUUGUAUCGGCCACCGCUCAAAUCAACAACUCCAGCUUGCCCCGAGACUUCUGGAAACAACGAAUGUAGUCAGGGUGGAGAACCUGCCUCCUGGGGUGGACGAUUACCAGCUGCAACUCUUCUUCGAAAACCCUUUCAAUGGGGGCGGAAGGGUCGCCCGAGUUGAGUGCUUCCCAGAAGAGAGUUCAGCGCUGGUUGAGUUUUGUGACAGUAAAGUGUUAGACACCGUCAUGGCCAAGACACACAGUUACAACAAGAUGCCACUGUCUGUCUUCCCCUAUUAUCCCUCUCUGGGCACAGCCUUGUAUGGUGAGGAGAAGCCUCUGGUCAAGCUUCCGGCAUCUUUCCAGGAGUCUCUUGAUCUUCCUUUGUGGAAGUUCUUUCAGAAAAAUAAUCAUCUGAUUGAGGAGAUAAAUGAUGAAAUGAGGCGCUGUCACUGUGAGCUGACAUGGUCUGAAAUCAAUGGUAAACUGACCAUUAGACCGGCUGCCACCUUAGUCAGUCAUAGACCGAGCAUCAAGACCUGGCAGAGAGAUGCAUCCACAGCGCUCUCUGGCAUCAAGUCUAAAUAUGGAGUGGAGGUGUUUGAAGUGUGCUCGCCAGUCUGGGACAUCAUAAAGCAUGAGUUAGAGUCAGGAGAUGACAGGGUUUUGGUUGAAUUUGAAAAGGAGAGUCUACAUGUAGCAGGAAAAUCAGAAGAUGUCCAAGGCAUUAGCCAGCAAAUCAGGGAAUUAAUAGAGAUCACCACGGAAAAGCUCAGAAGGGAAGAGCAGAGUCUGAAGGAGAAAGUGAUCAUGUCCCCGGGAAAGCAUUACCUCUUGCACCACAGUGGCUUCCUGAAGGAUCUAAGCAAGGAGUACCCAGAGAUGGAGAUCUCUUACGAUGCCACGGCUCAGUUCCUGUGCUUGAAGGGCUUCCGUGCAGAUGUGUACAAAGUAAAGUGCGACAUCCAAGAAAAGGUGUUUUCCAUGGCUCAAAAGGAUGUCCAGGUUUCUUCUGAAAUCUUCGCAUUUCUGCAGGAAGUAGACAGUCAGAGACUCUCGAAGACUCUGUUCGAGGCACAGAACAUUCUCGCCACAUAUGAGCUGAAAGGCACAGCUCUUUUCUUAGUUGGAAGUUCUUUCAAAGAUCUGGCAGAAGCCGAGACAAAAAUGCUCAGUGCUUUAAGUCAUAAGAAGAUUGAAGUUGAGGACAAGGAGGUUCUGAGAGGUAAUGGGUGGAAGAGGAAAGUUCACCCUCUGCAAAAGAGACACAGCUCGUGUGCAACCAUUAUGGUCAAGAAUGAAUUGACUUCGGGAACCCCAGCAGAGGUCAUUGUUACAGGCUGUGUGAAAGAAGUGAAUGAAAUUCAUAGGCAGCUUUUUGGGUAUUUGGAAAACAACAUGAAAGUUGAAAGAGCGGUUAAAAUCAAACCAUCCUUGAUUAUUGACUAUUUAAGGACAGACAAGAGGCUUUUGUCAAAGCUAAAGAAGGCAAGUGUGUAUGUGCAUUUUAAGCCUAAAGGCAAUCCAAACAGCAUUUUGCUAACUGGCUCCAAGAGCAAAGUUCUAGAGUGCAUGAAUCUAGUCAAGGAAAUCCAGGAUUCAGUCUGUGUCCGAAGAUUCCAGACUGACAAAGCAGGCAUCAGGCAGUUCUUCAAGGAUAAAGAGUCAUAUUACAAAAUAGAGAUCGGACGUCGGUUCGGGUGCAUCAUUGAACUGGAGGAGGAAGGUGAAGAGGAGGAAGGUGAAGAGGAGGAGGGUGAAGAGGAGGAAGAAGGCAGCAUUAACAAGCAGAAGUGUCACUUACAGAGGGACAUAGCCCCCGGAGUCAAACUGAUCAUCCUAGAGGAAGACCUGAGUCGGUUUCCUGUCGAUGUGGUAGUGAAUGCAGCAAAUGAGAACUUGAAGCACAUCAGUGGUCUCGCACAGUCUCUCUCAAAGGCGGCUGGCCCUGAACUCCAAAGAGAAUGUGACCAGAUAGUAAAAGAGGGUGGUGUGGUCCCACCUGGCAAUGCUGUUAUCUCAAAAGCAGGCAAGCUCCCUUGUCACCAUGUCAUCCAUGCGGUAGGUCCUCGAUGGAAGGGAGAUAAAGUCCUGGAGUGUGUGAGCCUGCUGAAGAAAGUUGUGAAACAAAGUCUCACUUUAGCUGAGGAGUACAAGUGCCGGGCUAUAGCCAUGCCAGCCGUCAGCGCUGGAAUCUUUGACUUUCCCUUAGAACUGUGUGUGGCAACCAUUGUUUCAGCCAUCAAGGAACACUUCCAGCAAGACACACACACCUUGAAAAAGAUUUACCUGGUGGACCUAUCUGCAAAGGUUGCCAGGGCCUUUGUUGAAGCUGUCAAGACUACAUAUAAAGACCUCCUGUCCCACACAGCUUCCCCAUCCAGUUUAAAGGCAUUAGUACCACUUGGGAAAACGCCCCAGAAACAGGGCAAUCUGCUGGUGUCACCAGAAGGCCUGAUAAUCCGCCUGAUAGAAGAAGGCGUGCAGAAUGCUAAGACCCAUGCCGUUGUGAACUCCAUUUCCCCGGAUCUUAAACUCAACAAAGGACCCCUUUCUCAGGCCUUCUUGGAAAAGGCUGGGCCAGAACUCCAGGAGGAAUUGACCAAGGCAGGACAAGGGGUCUCUGUCAAUGUGGGCAUGAUUCUUCAAACCAGUGGCUGUAAUCUCAACAGCCGCCACGUCUUCCAUGUGGUGUCUCCACCUUGGAAAAGAGACAACAGUGCGUGGUCACUAAAGAUCAUGAAAAACAUCAUCCGUGACUGCCUGAAGACCACCGAGGACCUGUCUCUACAAUCGAUUGCAUUUCCAGCAAUAGGAACGGGAAAUUUGGGGUUUCCUAAACCUGAAUUUGCUAAAUUAAUAAUUUCAGAAGUGUUCAAAUUUAGUAGCAGGAACCAACUGAAAACUUUACAAGAGGUUCAGUUUCUGCUGCACCCGACAGACCAUGAAAACAUUCAGGCAUUUUCUGAUGAAUUUGACAAAAGGAAUAAUGGAGACCCUAGUGACAAAGAUCCCAGGGCUGAAGACACACAAGGUAUCUAUGGGAGCCUUUCCAGCCCUACUUUAGGAAUGCAUGAAAUGAAUAUUGGCCCAAUUCUCUUCCAAGUGGCCACUGGGGACAUCAUCAAAGAAGUGGCAGAUGUGAUUGUCAAUUCUACAGCACGCACAUUUGAUCUCAAAUCAGGGGUCUCCAAGGCAAUUUUGGAAGGUGCAGGACAAAAUGUGGAGCAAGAAUGUUCUCUCUUGGCUAAACAGGGUAACCAUGAGUAUAUAGUCACUGGAGGUGGAUUAUUGAAAUGUAAGAAUAUUAUUCAUGUUGUUGGUGGGAUUGAUGUCAAGAGAUCGGUUUCCUUUGUUUUGGAAGAAUGUGAACAACGGAAUUACUCAUCCAUUUGCCUACCAGCUAUUGGCACAGGAAAUGCUCAACAGGACCCAAACGUAGUAGCGAAAGGGAUAAUAGAUGCCAUUGAAGAAUUUGUCCAGAAAAAAUCAGUGCAGGCUGUGAAGAGAGUUAAAGUUGUUAUCUUCCAGCCCCAUAUUCUGCAAUUUUUUUAUGACAACAUGAAAGAAAGAGAAGGCUCUCCAGCUCCUCCCAUGCAGUCACCAGCCAAGCAGUCAGUGAUGUCUAAGAUUGCCUGUGAGUUGUUAGCUUUUAUGAAAUACAUAUUCCUAACCUUGAUGUUGAAGGGAGUAAAAGAAACAUUAAUUUCCGUUUUCUCUUUAGCCUUUCUUGGCUUUCCUAAGCAAGCUUCCCCCCAAAAGAACACCCUGGUUUUGGAAAAGAAAAUAGAGUGCACAGUUUUCCAGGUGUGUGGUUCAGGGGUAGACAGUGUGAAUGGCACGAUCUCCUGGCUACAGGAUCUGCUUACCAAAGAGCAGCUUUCCUACACCGAUGAUGACGAGUGUGUCAGAGACUUUGAGAUGGCGGAGUACGAGAAACUGAAUGAGAUUCAGAAGAGACUGAACAUCACCAUUGAACUGAACCAGAAGAAACCUUUGAUUCGAGUUUCGGGAAUUAGCAGAGAUGUGAUAAAAGCUAGAGAUGAGAUUGAGGGCAUGAUCAAGAGCAUUCGAUUGGCUAAAGAAAAGGAAAAUCAGGCAGACUACGUCUCUACAUUUGUGGAAUGGCAGUAUAUUGAUAACAACAUCACACAGUGUUUUGACAAAAUAGCCAACAUGCAGUUGGAGGAUGCAUGGAAGGCCAAGCAGAAGAAGGUGGUUGUCAAAAUUCACAGUCAGGAUUUCACGGUGGACUUGAGCACAAACACAGCCACGGCUCCCCAAGGCCAGACUUUCACUGUUCAGCGCCUCCUCAAAGCUGAAGCCGAAAUCCCUGCCAACUGGAGUGACAUGAAGCAGAACAAAUUGCUUUUGGUGAAUCUGCAAACCAGUGAUCCCGAAUACACCAAGGUGGCAAGCGCCUUCCGUCAGACCUGCUCAAGCUUUUUCAUAGAGAAGAUUGAAAGGAUUCAGAAUCCAGCUCUUUGGAGAAGGUACCAGGCAUACAAAAAAAUUAUGGAUGAAAAGAAUGGCAAUGUAAGAAAUGAGAAGCAUCUCUUCCACGGGACGGAAGCUAGCUCUUUGCCACAGCUCAACAAUAAUGGAUUUAACCGCAGCUAUGCUGGGAAGAACGCUACUGCCUACGGGAAAGGAACCUAUUUUGCUGUCAAUGCUUUGUAUUCUGCCAGUGACACGUAUUCCAGACCAGAUGCCAAUGGGAGAAAGCAUAUGUAUUAUGUGCGGGUUCUCACUGGAAACUACACGAACGGGAACUCAUCACUGAUCGUGCCGCCCUCGAGGGACCCUCAAAAUGCUACUGACUUGUACGACACUGUCACAGAUAAUGAUAAAAAUCCAAGUAUAUUUGUAGUGUUUUAUGACAACCAAGCAUAUCCUGAGUAUCUCAUCACAUUUAGGCGGUAACACCUCGAAAGACAGUAACACCUCGAAAGACAUCGGUGUUCAUGGAUCUGCUGUAAGACAAGUUUUAGCUGUUUUCCUUCUUAAGCUUUCUCUAAGAGCACAAGGUCUUUCUUUGCCGUGGGUGUGUUUCCUCCAUAGUGAAAAUGAAUCUACUUGAGAGCCAAUCGCUUGAGAGUUUGGAACAGCUGUAGCUGCGUUCACAAAUAUGAACCUCGAUUCUGUGGCAAAGAACAGACUUUUAUGUUCUGGAAGGACACUUUCAGAAAGCCCCACAAUCUCAGCUCCCACCAGUGGAGUCAUGUCAGUGCGCCACUGUGCCUUGGGACACAGUAUCACUGGGCCAAUGAGGCUGCUAUCUUCCUUGCUACCAACUGAACAGAUUCCGAGACAGAACGUCUUUCUUCUAUAACAGAACUGGGUCGUGUGGGUUGGACAGCUCCAGCCAGGGUUAUAUACAAACUGGGUGCUGGCAUGUGGCCCUGGGUCUGUGUGAACUGAGCCCCCUAAGGAGAGGCACAGCUCAAUCCCUGGCCCCAACUGCCAGUGAGGCCCUUCUAAUAUUGACACCGAUGUUCAGGCUACCUAGGGAAGAAAUGGGAUAGUGCCUGCUACCUCUCCAGUGGAAACCCUUCUACUGUGUGAAAACGAGUGAACUCUAAGGGUAUUGGCUAGCAUCUUUCCUGUGGCAGGCCAGCUUGUGAUAAUGUGAAAGCUUUACAUAAAGUCAUUUUGCUAACUUACUAACAGUAUCUACUGGAUGUGGUGACAAGAGAUUACCCUGGCUCACAUGAGCCAGGCAAACACCCCGGAACUAUAUUCCCAGCCCUCUUCUUAUUUGGAGGCAGGAUGCCACUAAGUUGCUCUGGCAGGCCUUGAACUCAUUAUCUUCCUGUUUUGGCUACUUAUUGGGGGGCGGGGGAGGGCUGUGCUUUUGAUUUCCUCCUGUCAUUUCAGACUCAACACCAUUUAUUGAGUGCCUGGACUUUUAUCAGGUAGAAUAAGAGGUGUGUUCACAUACAUGGUUUUGUUCCCAUCAACAGUGAAUUGUAAGAAUUAUUCCAUUAUUUCAAGGUUUAGGAACACACUCAGAAUACAAGAAAUGUCCUUGCCUGAGGUCACCAAGGCAGGAACUGCCGAGGCAGCCAGCUGAGUCUGGCUCAACUGAGGCUUGGUGUUGAGCCCCUUCACUCUACCCACCACAGAGCAUGGCCUUGAGAAAAGCCUGUGCUGCUUCAGAAGUUACCUCAGAGGGCCUGUUGGGCAAACCCAGAUUUCCUUGCCUUUUCUCCUUCUGGCAUUGGUGUCCACUCUACCCCUUAUUAGGCGUUUUCUAGGCCCUGGAGCUAGUGCUGUGUAAUGACUUGGGUGUUGGGGGAGGGUUUAGGUGUUGGUUCCCACCAUAGGCAUCAACCAGUGGGCUUCAAGCAGAGGGAGGGGUCCCCAUUGCUAUCCUAUGGACGCCUUGAGAUGUUGGCUGCUGUGUCUUAAGUGGACUGGCAGAGACUGGCUUGGGAGGUGCUUUCCCCAGCACUGGCACUAAGGAUGACCUGAAGAGAUGGAACGAAGUGUGUGUGUGUGGGGGGGAACUUGUUUCUAUUUGCCUUUGUUCUCCAGUGAUUUGGUUAACUCGGGGCAAGGCUGAACAACACUGGGAUGUUACAUUGAAGAAUGAUGAGCCAACCAAUGUUACAGUCACUUUCAUUCAAAGUAGAUAUGUCACUGUCAGUUUCU